UGAUGGUCAGCAUGAAUGAGAUGGCUGAGAUCGUUCUUGGUUUUGACGAUAAGAAAACUCCUAUACAUCACAUUCCUGGCCCAGAGGGCGUUCGUGGUCGUAACUCAGACAAUACACUUAUCAAAGAGAAACUUGGCUGGGCUCCAACAAUGAAGUGGAAGGGAGUUUUGACAUCUGGAUUAGUGUUUAUUGUGACAGCAUGGUGUGUAAGGAAGAAAGGUCCUGUGUAUGCAUCUGCAUUCAACCCUGUUAACCUUUUGAUUAUGGCUAUUGCUGCUUCCUUGUUGUUAGAUGAGACUCUCUAUGUUGGAAGUGUAAUUGGAGGUGUGCUAAUUGUGGGUGCCUUGUACAUGGUGUUAUGGGCUAAGAGCAAAGAAACUAACUUCAUUGCUCAAGAAUUUGAAAGGUCAACUGAGGUUGUUGUUAUGUCCAAGACAUUAGAUCAUGACUUGGUCACUGAAGCAACAAUAGCCGCACCAAACAGUAGGAGCAAUUCUAUUAUUACAUAGAUUUAGGAUUAAUUUAAAUUUUUGUUUCAUGAAUUAAAAUUUGGGAAUAAGUUACCAAAGGAUUGAACACGAAAGUUUGAAUCCAUAAAAUGUUGAUGGAGGAGGAAUCAAAGAACAUCAUUAAAGCAAAAAUGAGAUUGAGUCAUACCAUGAAAUAAACGGUGAAGAAAAAAAAU